UUUGGAACAAAAAUAUGUUGGAAAGGUAUGACGCGCACAUGAAGAAGAACAUGGAUUAUCCAGGAGACACAUGACACUGGCAGUUCUCGUGCGUAAAUGCCAAGAGUUGCAUUGGACAGAAUCAAAAGGGAGAGAGUGGGGGUGCCGCGACAGAGAGAGAGGGAAACUGACGGAACAGCGGAGCAAUAUAGUGAAGAAGAACCGGGAGAGAGAGAGCGCGCGACAGAGAGAGAGAGAGAGAGAGAGAGAGAGAGAGAGAGAGAGAGAGAGAGAGAGAGGGGGAAAACGAGAGAGAGGAGCUGCAAAGCGACUUGGUUGGCAGUGUUUGCCUCUGCCUCCCCAGCAGUGGGAGAGAUGUGCGUAACAUGCAGCGGAGAGCGGUGAUUAUCAUCUGCGCGUCGCAUCGCCGUGCGCACUCGAAGACGGAGACGCACCGAGGGGCGCAGCCCGCUCUGCCGAACCUGUCGUGCGCGAGACGCCAGCAGAGCCGACGACAUACUCUUGAAGAAGGAGAAGUGGUGUGAGGGAACAUGUCAGCCCUUCAGACGGUGAUUGGGGGUUAAUCGCCCUUCUAUUUGGAGCGACUCUGACGCACCGGCGCCGAAUCAAGAGCGCGUAUUUUUGUUGUUAUACGGAAUCCCAGCCCACUUUAUCACAUCUAAACUGGACUAUCAAGUGAGGAUUUUGCAUGAAAGGGAUGAAUGCUGAAUUACAUGGCCAACAGAAUAUGAGUCAGCGCGUGUCUGUAAGCUGAGGUGGAGUGUGUCUCUCCCGCUGUACGGCUGUCUCGCUCCGCCACAAACCUUCCUACGCCAGGAUGCAGCUGCUCCGAGUUGCGUGGGCACUGACCGGAGCAGCGAUCUGCUGCUUUCUCCUUCUCCUUAUUCACUCCCACCUGCUCAAAGAAGGCCAGCUGGCAGCGGGGACAUGUGAGAUUGUGACGCUGGACAGGGACAGCAGCCAACCACGGCGGACCAUCGCCAGGCAGACGGCCCGCUGCGCCUGUAAGAAGGGCCAGAUCGCUGGGACUACAAGAGCCAGACCUGCCUGUGUGGACGCUGGUAUUGUUCGGAAAAAGCAGUGGUGUGAGAUGGUGCCAUGUUUGGAGGACGAAGGUUGUGACCUGUUAGUCAAUAAAUCUGGCUGGACUUGUACACAGCCCGGAGGCCGAGUCAAAACCACCACGGCUCUAUGACGCGACAAGAGUCCCCUUCGACACUCUUGCACUAUGGAGAGCAUUGAUGACCCCUUGACAGACAGCCAAAAACCAUCUGCCAACACCACCCUACCACCACCACCACCAUCAACAUCACAACGACCCCACCCAAACCCUGGUCCCGCAAAGGCAGGAAGCAACACAAGCAGCUACAGAGCACCAAGAGGUCUCAUAACACAGCCAGAGAUGGGAAAACUAGGGAGUGACUGUUCGAGGGAGCGAGCUCGCCCCUGGACACUGGACACACUACUCGCUGUAAAACACUUUCCAUUUCCUGUGACUGCUCCCUCCUGCUAUCUGUCGUUGGGUCAAGGUGUUGCGUCCCCCUCCUCUCCGCUCUAUCCACCUGCUCGUGCCACGGAGGAUCGGACACCCUAAGAAUCCCAUGAAUGGUUUUUGCCUCAUUGGAAGUACUGUGUUUGAAACUGCUAACUGCUUUGAAUGAGGGAUUCCUCACAUCCCUCUCUCCUCGCCUCUAGAGCAGGAGCUCCAGAGCAAAGACGGGAUCAUUACAUACCGGACCCUGUUGCUUCUCAGACCACCUCGCGAGGCCGCUACAAACCGAACUGAGCGCUCUCUGCUGUGAAUAGGCCUUCUGCUGGAGUAAACCUCCCAUAUUUUUAUAGACCAAAGAGCAAAAACAACAAAUGCGAUCACUACGACAGGGUGGACCAAGUGGACAAGACACACAGAGACUUUGUGAACUUGAUGUUUGUGUCGCCCGGCGUCCGGCGGCACAAUCCAAGGAGUGCUUUUAAAACUUUCCGGACAUUUUUUUCUCAGACUAAGCCCACCACUGUAUUUUGGAACUGGAGAUAUAGGUACUACAUACGUAUAACUGUGUAUCAAAAAAAAAAAAAUCUGAUUUGCAUUUUUCAGUAGCUACAGUUGGGACGGCCUGCAGGAAGCAGCGUGGAGUUGGUUACGGAAAUCCUAUAAAAGAGACGAUGAUAUCUACAGAGAGUAUAAAUGCUAUUGAGUCUGAAAAGAAAGAGUAAAGAAAUGUCAUUAAAUGUAUUUUGAAAGGCCCUAAAAAGUUAUAUAUUUAACAGUUUUAUAUGUUGUACCUUUGUAGAGAAGCUUAUUGGACUUAAAAUGUGGUCACAAUGGCAGUUUAGUAGGAUGUGAACAAAUGCUGUUGUUCUCAUGACUGCUGGCUCGUAGUCCCAGGUUUUCUGUUCACACCUCAGUAGCCGCUUUCUUUUCAUGGUCAUCUACAAGUCACUGUCUAUCAGAAGCAUUAAUGAAAAAAAGGAAAGUGACACAAUUUAUUGAGGACUGAUCUGCAGCCAACUGAACAUUGUAAAUCUAUGGUAGUCAGUGGAAGCCAUUGAAAUCUGCUAAUUUGCUAUUGUAUUGUACACGGUGUGGAAUACUGACUCAUUUCCUCUC